UCUUGUUAACCCGCAGUCUUGCAAAGCGAAGGGAUUUCUGUGCUGCUGUUGGUCCCAUUGCAAAACAUUAUCAUGCCAGGUGUCCCCUCAGCCAUCAUGCUCUGCCACAGUGUCCCCUCAACCAUGUCCAACCUGCCACACUAUCACCCCCACUAAUCCACUGGUCAAACAGGGUAUAAUCCCAGAGAGUCUGGCAAACAUCUUGAUGCCACCUUCCUUUGAUCGCACCCAGGCAAAGAGAAGAAGACGGCCCCUGCCUGCACAGGUCAUUACUGCCGAUGACUACAUGAAAAUGCUUGAAGAAAAGGAGAAUGAAGAAAAACAAAAAGAACAACAAAAAAGAAAGAAGAACUGGAGAAAAAGAAGGGAAAAGGCAAAUAAACCAAAUCAAAGGAGAACAGCAAAAAGUACACCAGUGCCAGUGCCAGAGAGCAGCAACAACAGCAACAUUACUCUGGAGGAUGGUGAGGAUUCUGAGGAGGACCAAACACACUGUGCAACAUGCAACAGAAGGCAGCCACCUGGGUGCAGAAGCAGCUCUGUACAUUGGGUUCAGUGUGACUACUGCACUCUCUGGUUCCACAUGAUAUGUUUAGCUGUUGAAGAGGCACCUGAAGAAGAAUGGCUGUGUCACAAAUGCAGUCUAAGUGUUUAAUGGGGACUCAGUGAUUUAUAACGUUAUAGUUAACAUUGUAGUUUUGAUCAUUGUGCAAGUCACAGCUUAAGUUAAUUAGUUAACAGCUAAAACACAAGUGCUCUUCAUAGUUUGUUCCCAAC